GAUUCCGGAAGCACAUAUCAUAUAUGCAUGGAUAAGAAACUUUUUUCUACCUACCAAGCCAAGGAUGGAGGUAUUGUUCGAGUGGCUAACAACACUGUGAGUAAGAUUGUUGGCAUGGGAACAGUACGGCUGAGAAUGGAAGAUGGAAAAAUUUUCACGUUGGAUGGAGUCCGACACGUGCCAAGACUGAAGAAGAAUCUAAUUUCCUUAAGUAUGCUAGACAUGAAAGGUUAUAGCUUCACAUCUAGCAAAGGAAAUCUCAAAGUCAUCCAUGGAGAUACGGUGAUGCUACAUGGACGACUGGAGGGGAAUCUGUACAGGCUUGUGGAGAAGGUUGUGACAGACGGAGCUACUGUCACUUACCGGGCAAGACGUACAAGACAUGCACAGAAGAGACAUAGGGCCCAGCAGACAUGGCAACCAAAGUGUACAAGAACGCAUGGAGGCAGUUCGGAGGUGCACAAGACGGAGCCAUUGCGGCCAAUUUUAAAGACAGCUCAGAGCAAAGAGACCAAGACAGCAAAGCAUGUCCUAGGGAAGAAAGUUUCUUUUGCUCCUGAAUUAGAGACAUAUUGGGAUCUCUCCAAGACUGGAUGGAAGGGAGAGAUGCCAUCUCAAAGAGUUGCAAAGUAAGCUUUGCAUGGCACCCCAGUGAGGGGGUGCCGGGCACUCCAGGCAGGGGGUGCUAUUAUGGAUCACCUCAUAUGGGUUGAGGAGGU